AUGUCUGCGAUAAGUUUCGCCAAACAGGCGUUCGGUCGAGAGAAGCCGCAUUCCUCCAUCACCGACUGGGUGGAGAUACUCACCGGAAGCAGCUACGAGGAGGAAGCAUAUGAUGGGAUUCCAGAGCUUGUCGACUCAAUUAAUCUCCAAGGAGCAGGUACAACGGAAGCAUCCAGAGCGCUGCGCAAGAAACUCAAGCAUGGAGGCCCCCACCAGCAGUAUCGUGCUAUGGUCCUCCUAAAGGCGCUUGUCGAGAAUUGCGGUCAUAAAUUCCAGGCUUCUUUCGCCGAUGACAUGCUCACCGAUGCGCUCAAGCAAAUAACUGCUGAUCCGUCUGGUGACCCGAGGGUAAAGAAGAAGGUUCUCCUCGUCCUCGCAAGCUGGGAACAGCAAUACAAGUCAGACCCCCAGAUGGCACACGUAGCCGGGCUGUACAGACAGUGCAAGCAACACCGAAUUACACAGCAGCAGACUAUAGAUAAUGUGGUGACCUCGCUAGGACUACCGAGUCAAGAAUCAGAGGCAGCGCGCCGGAAACGUGCUAAGAAGGAGGCGAAAGAGGCGAAGGAGAAGGAGAGACAGCAGAAAGAGGAGGAAAGAUUGAGGCAGAACAGGCCGAGAAGGCCGGCCUUUGACUUCGAGAAAGAUAAACCAAAAGUUUUAUCCAGUAUCGUUGAAGCCUCACAGGCAACUAGUAACCUCAUCAAUGCGAUAGUGCUGGUUAAUACGGAGAAGGACAGCAUCUCCACCAACGAACGAGUCCAGGAGUGCCUCGAAAAGGCCAAAGUAGCGAGAAAGCCCGUGGUCCGAUAUAUUCAGCUGGUGGAGAACGAGGAACUGAUCGGGACGUUGAUCGAGACCAACGAACGGAUAAUAGGCGCGUUGGAGAUGUACGACCAACUCUGCCUGGCCGAAAAACAACCACCAGCGGUGGACGAAACUGCUGCCAACGAGGUGGCCCCUCAAAUGACAGGGGAGAGCGAAGUCUUCAAGUUGCAAGAGAAACAAAGGGCUGCAAUCAAGCGGGCUAAGCAGGUCGACAACUCCAACGUUCACCCCGACUUGCAGGAUUUGAACUUCGGGGCAAUCGGCGGCUCCGCGGCCAAUUUGCCACCACCGAUGAAGCCUUCUGGCCAAGGUGAAGACGGUUCUGAUGAAGAGCCGUACGACUUUCGCGGGUCGUUGUCAGAUUUUAGUGACUACGUUUCGUCGGACGAGGAGACACAUAACGCGUCGUCAUCGAGGAGACCAAGGAAGGAUUAUGUCGAUGUUUCUGACGACCCCGAUGUCGAAGCGACUGUUGCCAUAAGACCCCAAGCAGGGCAAGACGACCCGUUUGCCGAUCCAUUCGCUGACGAAGUCGCCAUAGGUCCAACCAAACGUUAA